GUCAUUCCAUGUCAUCCCACUCCACCGUCGAAGGUUUUGGUUCCUGAAUGAGUGAUUCACGCAGUUUCUAGACGGGGCUUGGAUCGGAAUUGCUCAAUGUGAUUUAUAGACAAUUCACGAGAUGGGAUGUCGUUGUAUGGGAUUUGAUAGGUUCGUUGCUCUCGCCAUCAACAGAAUCAAGGGCACGAUAUGGAAUUAUAUGGAGCCAUCAUGUAUUUAUCACCUAAUGGAGCGUGAAGCCAAAGUCCCACCGGCGAUUUGCGUAUUAUUGGGAUCAUUGGGAUUGUUGGUAUUCAUUCUUCUUCCUUUUCUUGCCCUGCCCUGCCCUUUCGUGCCCUUUCCCAGCCACACGUUUGUUAAUUACUUAUUUGAUCCAGGAGACUGACGGUACACACUCGAGGCUGAUUGAAUUGAUAAGGAUAUCGAUCGUUCGUCUUCAGCUCCGUCCAAAACAUAUUUUGUUUUUCCAUUUCCCUUCCCUUCCCUUCCCUUCCCUUUCAAAGUACACCACGCACGACACCUCAACCCUCUGUUCCCGCAUCUGCAUCUACCGCCCAUCUCCCAUCUCCCAUCUCCCAUCUCCCAUCUCCCAUCUCUGCCUAUCACUUUUUCUCUCCGAUAUCAAAAUCAAUCAAUUGUGUUUCACAAACGCAUCCCAUCCAUAAAUUCUGCCGAUUCGAAGAGAGGAGACUGGAACUCACGUCUUGUACAUCCAUUCCUGUCGGCACUUGUGGUUUUCCUAUUGAUAGAGUCAUCCGAUAACAAUGGCAUCCCCUCCAUCCCCACCAUACGAUAAUACCGAGGAUCCUUUGGCCAGUCAGAAAAUGAUGCAUGGCAAUUCCAUGCCGGAACCCAGCGAAUCUCCCAAAUCUCAAUUGCAUGAUGCCAUUGAGAGGAUUCAGUCUUUGCACAAGAGGAGAGCCCAGAUUAAGACGAUUUAUGAAAAUGAGAGACAGUAUCUGGAUCAGAGGAGUCAGAAGACGAAGAGUAGUUUUGAGGGGUUGAUUGUUAGUACGGAGGAACAGAUACAGAGUAUUAAUGAGUUCCCAGCUUUCGACAGUCAUCCAGAUUAUACAGAGGUUAAUGGAAAACUACAUUCCGUCGCAUUGGACACCAAAGCUCUCUUUCAAAAUGUUAAUGCUUUGAGCGAAUCAAUCAUCAUGGCACUGGACGCUUGGUAUCAAAAAGAAGUCGAUAAAUGCGCAUAUGAAAUCAAGCUCGCAGAAAAAGAUUACAAGCGUUCCUUCGAUACCUGGCAAGAUCUCAUCAAAUCCGGCGAUCUCUUCGGCGCAUCCGAACCCUUCAAAGCUCCCGCUCCAACAAAUCCCGGUCCUAGUUCCUCUCGUUCCUCGCACCAAUUGCAAGAUGGUCCCGAUCCUCAUAUGUAUGCAGCUCCUCCGGUUCCCAAUCCUAAUAAUUCCAUUCCGCAUAAAUCCGACACGAUCACUUCACAGCACAAUAUUAGACCUCAAAGUAGUAGAAAUGCGAGUAUAGAUAUGGGUGCGAAUAUGAGUGGUGCGAUGAUGAACGGUAGUAUGAAUGGAAGAGGAAAUGGAAAUGGAAAUGCGAAUGCGAGUAUGAAUGGAGAUAUGAAUUAUCCGCCUAACUCUAGUGAGAAGCGAUCUGGGGGAAAGAAGAAAACUUUUAGUUGGUUGAGUGGAGGGAGUGGGAAUGGGAAAUAUAUUGAGUGAGUGGGUGGUAGAUGUGGUGAUAAUGGAUGGAGAUGGAGAUGAGUAUCGAAUUAUGAGGAUGGAUGGUUGCGAAUAAAAUGGGUUGGAUGGUUGGUUGGAGGGGAUAUCUUUGUAAAUGAAUGGCGUUUGGGAAUACCGUUUAUGGAUGUCAUGCUAAGGCAUACAUUGAAUAGCAAGAAGAUGGUACAUAUAGUGAGAGAUGAAGGGAUGGAUUGGAGCUUCAUUAUGUUAUGUUUGAUUUUUUUUUUUUUUUUUGAUUUCUUUUUCUUGCGAAUUGGUAAUGAUGAUGAAAUGAAAUGAAAUGAAAUGGAAUGGGAUAAUUACAUAUGAUGGAUGUAGAGAUUAUGUAUUUAAUUAAUGAUUAUACGAUUGUUAUGAUAUAUGUGUGUGGGUAUAUGUUUAAGUGAAUGACA